ACCAUACGUGACAACUUAGUUUCUGCAGGCAUAAUUUUAAAGCAGUAUGCACCUGGUCAGCACAGUGGUCUUACUUGCCCAAAAUGUAACGGCGGCCCCAGUGCAGAGAAGAGCUUCAGCUUGCAUAUCUCAGACGACAGCCAAAGCGCAACCUGGAUCUGCCAUCGGGGCACCUGUGGCUGGGCAGGUGGAUGUAAUGUAUCCGGGCAAACAAGCACAGCAGAGCGCAAGGUGGAGGCAGCCAAGAGGCCAGACUGCUCCCGGCUCCAGCCGCUAUCCAGAGAAGUUGUGGAGUACUUUGCGCAGCGCGGAAUAUCACGAGCGACCCUUGAAAGGAACGGAGUACAGCAAGAGUACAGCUCGAAGCACAACACAAAUGCGAUAGCGUUCCCCUACUACCGUGACGGUGAAAUCAUCAACAUCAAGUAUCGCACCCUGGACAAGAAGUUCUGGCAGGCAAGCAUCUUCACACCAAUUCGGAUCCUGUACGGUCUGGAUGAUGUAAAGAGCUCGGCGGAGAUCAUCAUUGUGGAGGGGGAGAUGGACAAGCUGGCGCUGGACGAGGCUGGCAUCCGCAACGUGAUCAGCGUGCCGGACGGGGCGCCGCGCGCGGUCAAGGAAGGCGACCUGCCCCCACCCGAGGCGGACACCAAGUUCCAGUACCUGUGGAACUGCCGCGCCGUGCUCGACCAGGCCGUGCGCAUCGUCCUGGCCACCGACAGCGACGCCCCCGGCCAGGCUCUGGCUGAAGAGCUGGCACGGCGGUUGGGGCGCGACCGCUGCUGGCGAGUGCGCUGGCCCUCAGAGCCGUCGUCGACGCCUCCGGAUGCCGGCGACCAGGGCGCGGCCUCUGUGGCGCGCAAGGAUGCAAACGAAGUGCUGCUGAAGGAUGGCCCCGAGCCGCUGCAGGCCCUGAUUCGGGGAGCGGACCCUUACCCCAUCAGGGGUUUGUUCAAGUUCUCUGACUUCCUUGAUGAGAUCUGGAGCAUGUACGAUGAGCAGGAUGCCAUGGGCCAGGGUGUCUCGACAGGCUGGUCAGGGCUGGACAACUACUACAGGGUUGUGCCAGGAGAGCUAUCGAUAGUGACUGGCGUGCCAAAUUCUGGCAAGUCAGAGUGGAUUGAUGCUCUGCUGUGCAAUCUGGCGACCCAGCAUGGCUGGAGCUUUGCUAUGUGCUCCAUGGAAAAGAAGGUUAAGGACCAUGCGCGGCAGCUCCUUGAAAAGUACAUUGGGAAGCCAUUCCUGGAUGCCAAGUAUGCUGGAAAGGCUGCACGCAUGGAAGCACAGGAUGUGGAGGAGGGGUUGCAGUGGCUGGAAGAAAGAUUCCAUGUGGUUCGCUGUGAGGAUGACGAGCUUCCAUCCGUUGACUGGGUGCUGGGUCUUGCGCGAGCUGCUGUCCUCAGAUAUGGCAUCAGGGGCUUGGUGAUUGACCCCUACAAUGAAUUGGACCACCAGCGGCCAGUGCACAUGAACGAGACAGAGUACGUCAGUCAGAUGCUCACCAAGAUCAAGCGCUUCGCUCAGCACAACGAUGUGCAUGUCUGGUUUGUGGCGCAUCCGAGGCAGCUGCAGGGCUGGAAGGGCGAGCCCCCUAACCUGUAUGACAUCAGCGGCAGCGCGCACUUCAUCAACAAGGCAGACAACGGCAUUGUCAUCCACCGCAACCGGGAUCCUGAGCAAGGGGCGCUCAAUCAUGUCAAGGUUCUUGUGAGGAAAGUGCGCAACAAGGCGGCUGGCACCAUUGGAGACUGCAUUCUGGACUACGAUCGCACGACAGGUCGUUACAAAGAUGUGUUGUGA